AUGACGCACAAUUUCAGUCAUGGUCAAUUCGCAGGCAAAUCUGUGCGAUUCACACUAGACAUCUUACAGCAGCCUAUACGCUCUAGAUUGUGUGGCUUUGGCGAAAAGGACAGGAGACCGAUAGAUCCGCCGCCUGUACUCCAAGUUCGGGCUUUCGAGACUUUAGAGAGCGGCACAGAGGUUGAGAUACCUGAUCAGGACAUCACGCCACAACAUUUGCUCGUGCAGGUCAAGAUAUUCGAUUCUGAAGGCUUACGAUCUUGUGCAUACGUAUUCAAUUCAUCCACAGCCACUCAAGUCGCCAACACGCACCACCAAAACACCUCUUCAGAGACUCCGAUUCGGAAUCUCCUCGGCAGCCUCACAGCCGAGGGAAUGAGGCUCAGGGACACCAACAACAACCCCGGCAUCUUUUUUUGUUUCCAGGAUUUGUCGGUGCGCGUGGAGGGCGUCUUCAGGUUGCAGUUUAGCCUUGUGGACAUCGCAGCGCUGAUAGUGGGACAUAAAAAUAGGACAAUCGUAGCCCAAACAAUGUCAAACGAAUUCCAUGUCUAUUCGCCCAAGAAGUUCCCGGGGAUGACGUCCAGCACUGCGCUGUCAAAGUGCUUUGCCGCUCAGGGAAUCAAAAUCUCCAUAAGGAAGGACGAACCGAAUCCUGCAUUUGGAGGCAGAGCCAGCUCCAGCACGUGA